AUGCCUUCAGACAUUUCCUCGUACCUCGCACAGCACUACCUCACCGCAGACCCCAAGCCCUCGAAAAAGCGCAAGCGCAACAAAGACCCCUCGGCUGGCCUGCUCAUCACCGACGACUCGGAGACGGGAUGGACGCGCUCCACAAACGCAGACGACGACGACGACGACAAUCCCACCACCGUGGCGGGGACAUCGGCCGAGUUCCGCAAAGCCAAGAGCUCAGGCUGGAAGGUCGUCGGAGCGCCUGCGCCCAAAGAGGCCGACGUGAAGGCGAACGAGGACGCGGCGGCGAACGCGAUCCUGGCUUCCGCGGCCGCGGAGUCGGCGCAAGCAUUGGGCGGAGGCGGCGAUGACGGCCCGGCCGUCAUCAUGAUGUCGGAUGGUACGCAUGCGGGACUCCAGUCCGCCGCGACGGUGUCGGCGCAGCUCGCGAGAAGAAAGGCGCUGGAGGAGGCCGAGUUCGAGAAGAUGCGGAAACACGAGAAGGAGGCCGAAACGGUGUACCGAGAUGCGACCGGAAGGCGCAUAGAUAUCAGCAUGAAGAGGGCCGAGGCCAGGAAACAGCUUGCCGAGGCCGAGGAGAAGAAGGCCAAGGCUGUCGAGGCGCUCAAGGGAGAGGUGCAGGUGCAAGAGGCGAGGCAGCGCAGGGAGCAGCUCCAGGAUGCGAAACUCAUGACAGUGGCAAGAGGUGUGGACGAUGAGGAGAUGAAUAAGGAGCUAAAAGGAAAGACGAGAUGGGGUGACACGAUGGCCGAUCUCAUCGGAGGCGAAACCGGCGGGUCCACAAGCGGAACUGGGGCAGGCAAGAAGACGAAUAAAGGGCGACCAAUAUACCAAGGCGCAGCACCACCAAACAGAUAUGGUAUCCGUCCUGGAUACCGGUGGGAUGGCGUGGAUAGGGGUAAUGGCUACGAGGCCGAGAGGUUCAAAGCCAUCAAUCGCGUUGAGAGAAACAAGGACCUCUCGUACAAUUGGCAGAUGGACGAAUAG